AGUUUCCGGCUGGCUCAGUGUUGCUGAUUUCCCACGUGUGUUGCUGGUUCGGGAUUCCUGGAUUACCGCUGUCCGGGUGAAUUUGUCCAGCCGGGGUACCCUGCACACUGAAGGAUGAAGGCCAGAAGAAAUAAAAAACAGGUUCCAAGCUUUCGGAAGUUGUUGAAAACUAGUAAAGUCAAACUUGAAAACAAGCUAAAAAACAAACAGUUUAAACAACAAAGCACUCUCAAGAAGUACCGUAAAGAGCAGAGGAAACUAAGGCAAGCUGUAAAAGAUGCCGUGUCUAAGAAACCCGUUCCAUUGGAGGACCCAAAGGAAAAACGACCAGGUAAAAGGAUUGAGAGGGAAGAGGGAGAAGAGGAGGAAGCCCUUCCUUUAGAUAUGAUGGAUGAAGAUGACUUACAGUUAAUGAAAGAUUUAGGACAAAGAGCAUCUUUUCUAACGAGAGACAUUUCUUCCAGUGAGCCUGUUCACGUCAAGAAACGGAAGCAUGAGAGUGUUAUAGAUAAAUAUGAAAAAAUACCAAGAACUCUGCAUACUGCGCCAGAGAAGGAACUGAUUCACUUACUUCCUAUCAAAGAUAAAAGUGGUAUAAUCCCACAGACCAGAGAGAAACCAGUUAUUGACAGUAACCAAGACGAAGAGGAUCAAGAGGAGAUGGAACCUGAGGAAGAGAUAAUUGAGAAGCCCAUUAAGGAGCUGACAUUAGAAGAACAUUUAAUUGAGAGGAAGAAGAAACUGCAGGAGAGGAAAAUGCAUAUUGCAGCCUUGGCAUCUGCCAUAUUAUCAGAUCCAGAAAGUAAUAUUAAAAAAUUGAAAGAAUUACGUUCUAUGCUGAUGGAACAGGAUCCUGAUGUGGCUGUCACUGUUCGAAAGCUGGUGAUAGUUUCUUUGAUGGAGUUAUUUAAAGACAUUACUCCUUCAUAUAAAAUACGACCCCUAACAGAGGCAGAAAAAUCCACCAAGAUCCGCAAAGAAACCCAGAAAUUAAGAGAAUUUGAAGAAGGCCUGGUUAGCCAAUACAAAUUUUAUUUGGAAAACCUGGAGCAAAUGAUCAAAGACUGGAAGCAAAGGAAGCUGAAGAAAAGUAAUGUAGUUUCCUUAAAGGCCUACAAGGGACUGGCAGAGGUGGCUGUGAAGAGCCUGUGUGAGCUGCUGGUGGCCCUGCCUCAUUUCAACUUUCACAACAACAUCAUUGUAUUGAUUGUCCCUCUCAUGAAUGACAUGUCAAAAUCGAUAUCUGAAAUGUGUUGUGAAGCAGUAAAGAAACUAUUUAAACAAGAUAAAUUAGGCCAAGCUUCCCUGGGUGUAAUUAAAGUGAUAUCUGGUUUUGUGAAGGGCAGAAAUUAUGAAGUUCGGCCAGAGAUGUUAAGAACAUUCUUGUGCCUAAGAAUCAAAGAAGUAGAAGUAAAAAAAGAUACGGAGGAUAUUAAUAAACCAAAAAAGUUCAUGACUUUUAAGGAAAAGAGAAAAACUCUAUCAAGAAUGCAGAGAAAGUGGAAGAAAGCAGAAGAGAAAUUAGAGAGAGAACUUCGGGAGGCAGAAGCUUCAGAGAGUACCGAGAAAAAACUUAAACUGCACACGGAGACUUUGAACAUCGUGUUUGUAACCUACUUCAGAAUACUGAAGAAGGCCCAGAGGUCACCCCUCUUGCCAGCAGUUUUGGAAGGUCUUGCCAAGUUUGCUCACCUUAUAAAUGUGGAGUUUUUUGAUGAUUUAUUAGUAGUUCUACAUUCUCUCAUUGAGUCUGGUGACUUAAGCUAUCAAGAAAGUCUUCACUGUGUCCAGACUGCUUUUCAUAUUCUUUCUGGGCAAGGUGAUGUUCUGAAUAUUGAUCCAAUGAAAUUCUAUACUCAUCUUUACAAAACACUGUUCAAAUUACAUGCAGGUGCUACGAAUGAAGGUGUUGAGACCGUCCUCCAGUGUCUUGAUGUCAUGCUGACUAAACGCAGAAAGCAAGUUUCUCAACAGCGGGCCCUUGCCUUCAUUAAGCGCCUUUGUACCCUUGCUCUUCACGUGCUUCCAAAUUCGAGCAUUGGCAUUUUAGCAACUAACAGAAUAUUAAUGCAUACUUUCCCUAAAACAGACCUGUUGCUUGACAAUGAAUCUCAGGGAAGUGGGGUUUUCCUUCCUGAGCUGGAUGAACCCGAGUACUGCAACGCUCAGAACACCGCUCUUUGGGAACUGCAUGCACUGCGGCGACAUUACCAUCCUAUAGUGCAGAAGUUCGCUGUUCACCUCAUUGCCGGAGCCCCUUCGGAAGGCUCGGAAGCGCUCAAACCAGAAUUGAGCCGAAGAUCUGCUGCAGAACUUUUUGAGGCUUAUAGCAUGGCAGCAAUGACCUUCAAUCCUCCUGUUGAAUCUUCAAACUCCAAAAGGAAGGAUAAAGUUUUACAAGGGGAUUCAUUUUUGAAUGAAGAGUUAAGUCAACUGAUCAAAAGACAUUGCAGACAAGUUGCUACUCAGUUGCCUCUGGAUUUUACCAAAUGUUUGGAAACAUCACUACGGUAGUAGAAGAAUGAGGAGUCUCUGGACUUCAUGUAUAUUUGUGUGUUUGUGCAGGUGCACAUAAAGAUAGAUUGUUAAUUUAGGACUUUCUCUUGAGGAGAAAGACUUAUCUUUUGCGUGGCACAGGGUUCUGCCCCAAUCCUAAAAAUAAGCACAGGAAAAUCAAGACUAUGAGAUUGCUUUUUACCAGUCAAUUACUCUUUAUAACCAAAUAAAUCUAUUUUUAUUGUACCACCAUGACGGAAGUGAGAAACAGUCUAAAUUUGAGUGUAUAUAUUUUUAUGAAAAUUUUUGAGAAAAGGAAAAAUAGCUUGCAAUUGGAUACCAAGUUCUUUGGCUCUUACUGGACAAUAAACUUCAAGAAGUAA